GAAUCAUGAGAAUCCUCAAUAACUCUUUAUCUGCAGAGUAACAAUCAUUUUGAUUCUUCAUGAGAACUCAAAAAUCAUGUAGUUUAAUUCUUCUUUAUUUUUAUUAUUUCACACAAACAUGAUUCUUAUAAUUAGUUCCAUUAUCAUGUUUUUUACAAGUGUUUGAUUAUUCUCAUACCGCCCCAGCCGCUAGGUCUAAAUUUACAAUAAUCCGAACUAUCUAGACCGCGCACAAGACGAGUGUAAGUGGACCGAAAUAUUUCUAUUUCGAUCCUCGGCUUUUUAGCCGUUCUUUUGAAGGGAGGGAGGCGCUUUUUGGGGCAAAGAGUCCCUAGGGGUGAUCAAGGGGGAACGGAGGAGUCAGAAAGGGGGUCGAGGGGGUAGUUUUUGAGGUAAGGAGAGCACCUCCUCCGCCCUACGAGGCCAGGCAAGGUGCCAAAAAUCUAGAAAUCUAGAAUCUAGAAACGCCGUCGACUCAAAACACAGACGCACAAGUCUCAGUUGUGUUUUGUCCCGUGGCAGGCUAGCUGAUCGUAUACACUUUACAAAAUGGCUGAUGUGAGCAGUGAUGACGUUGAGAGGGCGACUUUCGCUUUCAACAUCUACGACACAGAGGGUGGCGGCAACCUGGACGCCUUCUUCCUUGGCGAUCUGCUCAGAGCUCUGGGACUCAACCCAACUCAGGGCCUCAUUGAGAAGCUGGGAGGCACCAAGAAGAAGGGUGAGAAGACCUUCACAUUCGAGGAGUUCCUGCCAAUCUUCAGCCAGGCCAGGAAGGACAAGGACAAUGGAGUCUAUGAGGACUUCAUCGAGUGCUUGAAGCUCUACGACAAGGCUGAGAACGGUCUCAUGGUUGGCGCUGAACUCUCUCACAUUCUCUUGUCUCUUGGUGAAAGGUUAACUGAGAAGGAAGUCGAUGAGGUCCUUAAGGACUGCCUGGACCCUGAAGAUGAUGACGGCAUGGUCCCCUACAUCCCUUUCCUCAAGAGGAUGAUGGCACCAUAGAUUCGUCAUGGAUCUACAAAACAAAUAAUCUAAAUAUCAAAAAAUUCCAUUCCUGGCUCGUGUAUGCGAAAAACCAGUACCCGAUGACAUCAAGCCAGUAUUGUAAUCCACCUGGCAAAAGAAAAAAACAUUUUUGAAAUCUCAAAAAAUCAAUCAUAUUAUAUCCAUCAAAAAACCAGAUUAUACAAAUACAUGAAAACAGCUGUACAUAAAACUGGGCAAUUCUAUUUAUUAAUAAAAGUAUAAUUUUAUUGUUAUUUUUU